AUGUCCGACUUAUUAUUCAGAAUUAACUGUGGAUACCAAAACUAUGCAUGGGGAAAGAUUGGUUCAUCUUCAGCCGUUGCUCAAUUCGCUGCUUCAUCAGAUCCAACUGUUAAAGUCGAUGAAUCAAAACCAUAUGCUGAAUUAUGGAUGGGAACUCAUCCUUCUGUGCCUUCCAAAAACGUUAACAAUGGUAAGACUUUACGUGACUUAGUGUCUGAAGAUCCAGAAACUUAUUUACAUUCAUCUAUUAUUAAAAAAUUUGGUUCCAGUAAAGAAUUACCAUUUCUUUUUAAAGUUUUAUCAAUUGAAAAAGUAUUAUCUAUUCAAGCUCAUCCUGAUAAAGCUUUAGGUGCUCAAUUACAUGCUGCUGAUCCAAAAAAUUAUCCUGAUGAUAAUCAUAAACCAGAAAUGGCCAUUGCUAUUACUUCAUUCGAAGGUUUCUGUGGUUUCAAACCAUUAGAUCAAUUAGCUAUUACUUUAACUAUCAUUCCUGAAUUACAUGAUAUUAUUGGUUCCGAAUUAGUUGAAGAAUUUAAAACUGGUAUUAAACCAACUGCUACUUUAGGUAGUGAAGAUGAUAAAUCAAAUAGAAAAUUAUUACAAAAAAUCUUUGGUAAAUUAAUGAAUACAUCUGAUGUCAUUAUUGAAGAAAAAUCUAUUUCAUUAGUUAAAAGAACUGAAACUGAUCAAGCCCUUUUCGCCAAGAUUGAUUCAAGAUUAGCUACUUUAAUUCAAAGAUUAAACAAACAAUUCCCUAAUGAUAUUGGUUUAUUCUGUGGUUGUUUAUUAUUAAAUCAUGUUGAAUUAUUCCCAGGUGAAGCUAUGUUCUUACAAGCCAAAGAUCCUCAUGCUUACAUCAGUGGUGAUAUCAUUGAAUGUAUGGCUGCUAGUGAUAAUGUGGUUAGAGCUGGUUUUACUCCUAAAUUUAAAGAUGUUAAGAAUUUAGUUGAAAUGUUAACUUAUUCUUAUGAUUCUGUUGAAAAACAAAAAAUGCCAUUAUUAUCAUUUGCUAAAUCUCAUGGUGAAGCUUCUAAAUCAGUAUUAUAUAAUCCCCCAAUUGCUGAAUUUGCUGUUUUACAAACUAUCUUUGAUAAAUCAGGUAAAGUGCAAACUUUUGAUGAAUUUGAAGGUCCAUCAAUUAUAAUUGGUACUAAAGGUGAAGGUUCUAUUAAAAUCAAAGGAUCUAGUAAAUCUGAACCAUUUAAAACUGGUUAUGUUUAUUUCGUGGCUCCAAAUGCUGCUGUUGAAUUAACCUCUAAUGAUGAUGAUUUCACUACUUAUAGAGCCUUUGUUGAAGCUUAG